GUUUAAAUUUUAGGGCUCUUGAGCAAUGAGGCUCGUCAAUCUUGCAGUGUCUAGCUUGAAUCAAUGGGCGAUGAGCUUCGAUCACAACCUGAGCAACACCAAGCAGUCCAUCGCCAUCGCUAGGGAGAGCGGCGCCGCCUUCCGCGUCGGCCCCGAGCUGGAGCUCACUGGAUAUGGUUGCGAGGAUCACUUCCUGGAGCGAGAGACCUGCAUUACCGCGUGGGAGUGCCUGGCGGAGAUCCUUUCCUCCGGCCUCACGGAUGGGAUCGUGUGUGAUAUCGGCCUUCCCGUGCUACACGAAGGGGUGCUUUACAAUUGCCGGGUGUUUUGCCUCAAUGGGGAGAUUCUUCUCGUUCGUCCAAAGAAGUUCAUGGCCAACGAUGGAAACUAUCGUGAGCUGCGAUGGUUCUCGUCGUGGAAGCGGCACAAGGUGGUGACAUCUUUGAAUCUCCCCGAGUGUGUGCAAGCCAUUAAGUCGCAAAGAACAGCACCAUUUGGAGACGCAUACCUCUCGUUCCAGGACACGGAUCUUGCGUCCGAAUGCUGCGAGGAGCUCUUCACUCCCAAGCAAGCCAGCAGCGGCCUGGCACUCCAUGGCGUGCAAAUUAUUUCCAAUGGAAGUGGCAGCCACCACCAGCUUCGAAAGCAGCGUACAAGGCUCCGGCUCAUGAAAAACGUAACCGAGAGAUGUGGUGGUGUCUACUUGUACGCAAACCAGCAAGGCUGCGAUGGCGGGCGGCUUUACUAUGAUGGAUGUGCCAGCGUUGUGAUGAACGGAGAAGUGAUCCUCCAAGGACGCCAGUUCUCGCUGCGUGAUGUUGAUGUGUGCACAGUGUGCCUUGAUCUAGACGAGGUCGUCAACUUCAGGGCCUCUAAAAGCAGCUUCCGCGAGCAGGCGAGUGAGCGGCGUUCUAUGGCUUGUGUCAACGUAGCUGCAUCUCUCUGCGAGUUAAGCUCUAGUCGAUCUUUGCGAAUUAGUCGGCCAUUGAAGGCAACUCGAUUUCUACCAGAACAGGAAAUAGCGCUGGGGCCAGCGUGCUGGCUUUGGGAUUACUUGCGUCGCAGUGGAGCUUCAGGUUACUUGCUCCCACUCUCUGGUGGUGCUGAUAGCUCGGCAGUGGCUGCAAUAGUUGGCUCCAUGUGUCAGCUUGUUAUCAAAGCUAUUCACGAAAACGAUAAACGAGUCUUGACUGAUGCGAGGAGGAUAGGAAACUAUAAACCCGAUGAAGAACCAGCCGAUUCUCAAGAGUUCGCUAGCAGGAUCUUCUACACAGUGUACAUGGCUUCACAAAACAGCUCUACAGAAACGCAAAGCAGGGCACAGCAGCUAGCUAGAGAGAUCGGCUCCAACCACUGGAACUUGAAGAUCGAUAUGGUCGUGAACGCGCUCAUCUCUCUCUUUUGUGGCUUGACGGGAAGAAUUCCGCGGUACAAGGUGGACUCUGGUACUCCAGUCGAGAAUCUAGCACUACAAAAUCUGCAAGCCAGAGUCCGGAUGGUGAUAUCAUACAUGCUAGCCUCGUUGCUUCCAUGGGUCGGAAGAAAGAAAGGAUUCCUUCUCGUGCUCGGCAGUUCUAAUGCCGAUGAAAGCAUCCGAGGAUACAUGACCAAGUAUGACUGCAGCUCCGCGGAUAUAAAUCCCAUAGGUGGUAUUAGCAAAAGAGACUUGCGAGCAUUCCUUCGCUGGGGAGCACAAAAACUUGGCUUCCCUGUUCUUGCUCAAGUGGAAGCUGCUCCACCAACGGCGGAGCUGGAGCCGAGCAGCGAUGGAUACAAACAGACGGACGAAGAGGACAUGGGGAUGACUUACGAUGAACUUAACAGUUUUUCUCGUCUGCGAAAAGUCGACAGGCUUGGGCCCGUCGCAAUGUUCCAGAGAUUGUGCCAAGAGUGGAAUGGACUCCACCAUAAGCAAGUUGCGAACAAGGUGAAGGAUUUUUUCCGCUACUAUUCCAUCAACAGGCACAAGAUGACGACUCUAACGCCAAGUUACCACGCGGAGAGCUACUCUCCCGACGACAAUCGUUUCGAUCAGCGCCAGUUUUUGUACGACUCGAGCUGGUCGCGGCAGUUCAUGAAAAUCGACGAGCUGGUAGCGAAAAUGAAGAACGAAACUCCGCUUUGAUACGCUCGUUUCAUCUUCUCGAGGCCUUGUAAAUGCUUUCCAUCAACACGCAAGCUGCCGCGUCCAUUUCACCCAA